AUGACAAACAUCAAAAUCUUUCCUCGCCACAGAACAUUGCUUGCAGAUUUCAUAGCACACCCUCCUUUGCAUCGCCCACCACCACCACCACUUCUACACCAGCACUGUGAGGCAACCGCUAAGCCACCACACACUCGAGAAACAAAGGACAGACUGAGCAACUAAUUAGUACGUGGACUGAUUCGUUUUGUUGGUUUUGUUGGUUGUCCCCGCCCGCUACUCGUCACCAUGUGGAAAGCAGCGAUGGGCAAGAUGACCCACUCCCGGCCCUCCCCCUCACCCACGGCCCUCAUGGAAGCUACGGAGACUCUGAGGAAGUCCUCUCAACCCAUGCUGAUGAGACUCAAGAUGAUGGUGAAGCUGGCUAAACUCCUAGGACGUGACGCCCCACCUUCCUAUUCGUCUACCUCCUCUAAGCGAAGGCCGAGGAAGAGAGUUAUUGACACGCGCGCCAAGCCUUCCGCCAAGCUGCGCCAAGCAAGGAUAAUAAGCAAGAUGCGUUCAGCUCUGGGAAGGAAGCCACGCAAGGCACGGAAGCCCAAAUCACUCCUGUGGGAGCGAGCGCAGCAGGCAGUCACUCCCACAGGACGCGGUAGACCCACCUGGGACCUCCUACUGCCGGAGAACGUAGAGCCUGAAAAUGAGCCUGAAAUCACGAUUGAACUCACCUCGAAGGUGGAGAGGCCGAGGUCGACCUUUGUGAUAUACAACUUCACGAGCGGUUACUUUGAGGAGGUGGUCGAGGACGAGCCUCUUCUUGACCUGCUCACCCUUCACUCCUCUGUCACGCUGAAGGAGGACCUUGACAAAGCCCUUCACCGCUUCGGGCUUCAAUGGUCCGACUCGGAAGACUCAAGCCUGGAGCAGCUAGCGGAGGACUCGAGGCGGGAGCUGGAGGAGGUGUACAGGGGCGUGGUAACGAGAGAGGAGCUGGCCAGGAUUGACAUGCAGCCCAACCCCUUCAAUUACAGUGAUCGAGUGUCCCAAACCACGCCCAACCCUACUAAGGAGCUGGCAAUGCAGACAGAGCCGCCGCCCCCGUACCGCUUCUCAGUGAACGUGGGUGAAGGGGACAUUUAUGCAGCCUACGAGAGUGACCAGCUCGCCCUGCAACGCCUCGAGCAGGAGCAAGAAGAGAAAAGAAAAGACAAGGAUGCAAAAAAGGUGGUUGUGGAUCCUCUGGUAGUACUGGGGAUUGAGAGACCAGACGGGAAGAAAGGCAGCAAAGGUGGCGACAGUGGAAUGAGCCUGUACCAAGCCGACCUCGGGGAGCUGCGGAGGGUGGCAUGCGUGGUGGAGAGGAUGGUGACGCAGAACAUAUACGACGAUAUAGCCCAGGAUUUCAAGUACUGGGAGGAUGGCAGUGAUGAGUACCACCCACUGCAAGGCUCUCUCCUCCCACUGUGGAAGUUCCGUCCUGAGAUUUGUCGCAACUUCAUUGUCUCUGACCUGUGCUGCAGCCCUGUCUUCCCUGACCUCUUUGCUGCGGCUUACACAGCUGGUGACUCAAGAGAAGAAAAUGCUGGCCUUCUUUGUGUGUUCACGCUUAAGAAUCCAGCAAGUCCAGAGCGCGUCUAUCACACUCCAUGCGGUGUCACGUCCCUACACUUCCAUCCACAGGUUGGGAGGCUCCUAGCGGCGGGGUGGAGUGAUGGGCGAGUGGUGCUGUAUGAUGUGAGUUCCACUACACCUUGUGCCCUCUCCUGCACCACCACCUCUGGCAAGCACCUUCUCCCUGUCACUCAGGUCCAGUGGCUAGAGACAACACUUGGAGAGGAUGUCACCUUCUUCUCAGUGUCACAAGAUGGCCGCCUGACACAGUGGUACCUGAGAGACUCCUGUCGCCUUGUCCAUGCAGACGUGUUUGAACCACACGUGCCUCACACCCUUGGAUUUGAAGGUGUGAUCACAUGCCUAGCAGUGCGGCCUGAUGGGGAGGGCAUAGUGCUCCUGGGACUUGAGUCUGGGGCAGUGUUCCAGUGUUCCAUAGUGUGUGCAAGUCACUCCCUUUACCACUACCCAGCACACACCUCGAUGGUACGUGGUCUGGCCUGGAAUGCUCACCAUCCCAACGUCUUCCUUUCUUGCUCACUUGACUGGUCCAUCAAAGUCUGGCUCCAGCUCUCCACAGUUCCACUGGUGGUCCUGGAUGUUGGAGGGGCAGUGGCUGGAUUGGCAUGGUCACCUUACAACAGCAGUGUUCUAGUAGCAAUAACAGAUGAGUGCCGUGCAUAUGUGUUUGACUUAUCAGUGAGAGUGUGCACACCACUGUGUGUGCAGUCCAUGGCCCAACGCCGGCCUCUUACUGCCUCUUGUGUCACCUUUAGUCCCUUUUAUCCUGUCAUCUUUAUUGGUGGAGAAAAAGGACACUUGGCAUCAUUCAAACUCUCACCAAAUUUGAGGAGAGUUCAGAGAGAGGUUAGAGAUGGUGAACCUCAAGAUAAGAAGGAAGUUGAGCUCAGCAAGAUUGAAAGAGUCAUUGCAACCAACAGGUGAGAGAGCCUCGAGGAGUCUUCUGUGACAGUUAACCAAGAGUGAAGACUACCUCAGGUCUGCAGUAAUCUCAAUACAAAGACAUUGAAUUUACAGAGAAUCAAUGCUUGUUUUAUUGAUGGCUGUUGGGAAAUGUUCCAUGGAAGAUUGUUGAGUGCUCAGAGAGACUGACCUUCCCUGAUAAUUGAUAACACACCAAGGUAGUAUGUACUUACUUGUAACUACUACUUAUUGCAUUACAUUAGUUGAUGGAGGAGUGUCUAUGCUUCUACUCUCUGAAGGACAUUGCAUAAUUAUGUAGUAAUGAUCCUAGUAGCAUUUUGCUCUGAGAAAUUCACUUAUUACACAUUGCAUUACUAUGAAGAAAGGAAGAAAGCAUAUCAAAUUUAAUCUAGGAACAAGUUAGAACACAGUAUGAGCAUCUAGGUAUUGUUUAUCCAAUAUAUGUAUACUAUAUAUUGAAAGAGAGAGAGAGGAUGGGAUGGGAAAUUGCUAAAAAUGCUGGAGUCAAACAAAGUACAAAUUAUAGAAUUGUUGGAGACUUAUCAAGUCUAAUAAGUGUACAGUUCUAUGGAGGAAUAAACUCAAGAAGCUCCUUGCAGGUUUUUAUCUUCAUGGCUUACUUUGUGUUUCCUGAUGGUAGUAACACUGUGUGCUAGCCAUAGGUGGUGUUAAUCACAGUAAAUUAUUUCCAUAACCUUUAGCAUAAU